UAGGUUUGACUUAAUGGAUUUCCCGCCCCUGAGCAACCGAUAAAUCAAGAAACAGGAAGAAAGAGUGAAGUCCUGUUUUCUGAAAGAUUUCCACCAAGUUAACUUUGAAAGCUCACGUGGUUACAGUGGAGCAGAAACACAUAUCUGUUCAGUUUUUAUAGAUUUUAAAGUUACAAGCUGUGUAAACACUCUCACUGAGAGAUGACAAUGAGGAGCAGCAAGACGUUUAAAGAUGAGGACUUGGAAAAAUGGCGUAAGAUUGAUACUGGGGGGUUCGGUACUGUCUACAGAGUCUUUCACAAUAAAAUGACAACAGAUGUCGCCGUCAAGAUUCUUCAUCAGGAUGCAUGCUCCUCUGAAACACUGAUCAAAGAGGCUAACAAUCUGAAAGAAAUGUCCUCUUCAUAUGUUCCGAAGGUGUAUGGAAUUUAUCAGGGAAAGCCACCUCAUGAAAAUUCAGAGAAGCAGGGAAUAGUCAUGGAGUUUAUGAAAAGGGGAUCUAUUCACACCCUGCAGAAGGACUUAUGUGGUCCUCCACCACUGCCACUAGCCGUUCGAUUGGCCCAUCAAGUGGCUUUGGGGAUGCAACACCUUCAUUUAAAGAACUUUCUUCACCAUGACCUUAAACCAAGCAAUGUUCUCCUUGAUGACAACUUCAAUGCCAAGCUGGCAGACUUUGGUCUUUCCAGGGUGACCACCAGUGUUUUAUCCAAUUUUGAUCAACCAACAGGGCGUUCAGGCACUUUUAAGUACAUGCCACCUGAAGCUUUUGAUUUAAACUAUAAACCCGUUCGCUCUUUUGAUGUUUACAGCUAUGGUAUCCUCCUUUGGUCUGUCUUUACUGGUGAAGAACCCUAUGAAGGGUGUACACCUACCCUUGUGGUGCUCAAGAUUCCAAAGGGAGACCGGCCAGAUGUCAUUCUUUGCCUGAAACAGGAGAAAGACGAAAAGAAGGAAAUAGUUGAGCUGAUGAAAAUUUGCUGGGAUGGGACACCAUCCAAAAGACCUAACUUUGAUGAAAUUGUCAAAAUCACUGCUCGUGUGUUCUCAGAUCAUGAGGAUGGAAUUGAUGCAGCCAUUGAAGAAGUCAAAUUAAAACUAGAACAAAACCAGUCAAAUGUAAGCCAUCAACAUCAUCAGACAAAUGCUGCAUCCUUGGCUUCUUUAACACUUCAAGAAAAUACAGAGGGAAAUGAUACUGUUGAUUAUGCAAGAACCAUAGAAAAGGAAAUCCCUGCCGCCGAUGAAGCAAAACAUUUGACUGAGAAAGACAAAGCAAACCUUGUUGAUGACAUGAGAGCAGAUAUAAUACAGGAAUCCACCAAUGUCAUGGCACUGGUUGAGGAGCUACGCAAGAUGAGGAUGGUUACCGGGGAAACCUAUUCUAUCAUUGAAGAAACAAAAACAAAUCAGGACAAAAUGAGGGAGAUUUUCCGAAUGGUCUUACGUCAAGGUGAUAUGGUCAAAGCUGCCUUCUAUGACGCAUUGAAAAAACACGAACCACAUAUACUAAACAGUCAUGAUGGCAGCUGAUGAUGCAUCAGGAGACCAAAGGUUUUAGUGUUUUUGUCUCUAUUAUUUAAAAAAAAAAGAUUGUUUAUAAUUUUAGAUAUGUGUUGUUGUUGUUUUUAAGUUGACAGAGUUUCCAAACAAUACCUCUCAGUAAUAGUUUAUAUUUAUCUGUCUCUGAUUCUGGGUCAAAUGCAAAGAAAAUGUAAAUUUUCAAAAACUCUCACACUGAAAUUUUCCCAUAAAUCUGAAGCAACAAGUUAUGACUUUAGGCAAAA